AUGAGGGGUAUCUAUGUUACGUCUACUGACAUCAUUCACUCUAAGACAUGUCAUAUUCAUUUCAUAUAUGGUGAACCUAAUAGUAGUCUUAGACAAGCCUUUUGGGAACAACAAUGUCAGCAACCUAAUGCUCCCUUAGAUGAACCUGUUUUCUUCAUAGGAGACUUUAAUGCCACUGAAGAUAAAAAUGGUGGACUAGAAGUUGAUGAUCCUGACUUUGAAAACCUUAGAAAUUUCUGUUCUGUAUUUAAAUUGCAUGAUCCUGGAUUCUCUGGACUUAGAUUUACUUGGGACUCUUAUGAUCACUGCCCAAUGCAUAUAGGUUUUAAUUAUGAGGUUUUUUGUAUGCCUAGACCUUUUCAUUUUAUGGCUAUGUGGAUUGAGGAUCCUACUUGCAGAGAUAUUAUUGCUAACUCUUGGUCUGUCAAUGUGGUAGGCUCCCCUGCCUAUAAGCUCAAAGCUAAACUGUUGAGUACUAAGAAAGGUCUAAGAGAUUGGAAUAAGUCCUCUGUUGGUAAUAUUCAAACCAAUAUAUCUUCCAUUAGAAAAGACUUAGCUGAUCUCCAACUCUCUAACCCAACUGAUACCAAUAAUACUGCUAGACUCAAAGCUAGACUUGAGUACCUUUAUACUCUAGAAGAGUUAUAUUGGAAAGAUAAAUCUAGGGAGGUCUGGAUCAUGGAAGGUGACAUAAGUUCACCCUAUUUCCAUAGAGUAACUCUCUUUAGGAUAAAAAGAAAUGCCAUCAGUUGGAUUAAGAACUCCUUGAAUACUAUUCUAACUGAUAGAGAUAGUAUUGGAAAUUCUUUCAUGGACUAUUUCAAAAGCCUUUAUACUUCCCACCCUCAACAGUUUCACGAUGAAAUCCUUGCUGACCUUCCUAUAAAAUUUUCUGCUGAGGACAAUGCAUUGUUAAAUAUGCCUCUUACUCCAGAGGAAAUUAAGAAUGUUGUUUUCCAAAUGGGGGGAAAAAGGCUCCUGGACCAGAUGGUUUUACUGACUCUGGAUAAUAGACUCAAACCUUUUAUGAACAAUAUAAUUUCCCAAAAUCAAAGUGCCUUUAUUCCUAAAAGGAGUAUUUCUGAUAAUAUUCUGCUUGCCAAUGAGGCCAUAUAUGUUGUCAACCAUAACGACAAGGUUGAAGGCAUAGCUGCCAUCAAACUUGAUAUGUCUAAAGCUUAUGAUAAGCUUGAAUGGGAUUUUAUAGAAAAGCCUGAAAGAGGUAUUAGACAGGGAGACCCCCUAUAUCCCUAUCUUUACAUCAUUAGCUCUGAAGCUCUAUCUUUUGUUUGUAAAGAUGCCCCUGAAAUGACUCACCUUUUGUUUGCUGAUGAUUCUCUCUUAUUUUCUAAAGCUACUACUCAAAAUUUUCAAGUCAUUAAAGACUAUCUUCAAAAGUACUGUCUAGCCUCUGUGCAAGAAAUAAAUUUUGAAAAAUCUGGUAUUUUUUUUAGCAGGAAGAUUCCUGAACAUAGGAAAGCUCUUUUAGCCAACAUACUAGAAAUUUCCAGCAGGGAUUUAGGAGAAAAAUAUCUUGGCACUCCCACUGUGUUUCAAGCUUCUAAAAUACAAACUCACAUAGGUGAAGGUGGUUUGGGUUUUAGGAAGGCUGAAUUAAAUAAUCUGGCUAUGCUGGCUAGAAAUGCCUGGAGAAUCCUGGAAAAUCCUAAUUGCUUAUUGGCCACUGUUCUAAAGGCUAAAUACUUCUCAAGAACUUAUUUCUUGAAUGCCAAAUAUACUGAUAAGUGUUCUUGGACUUGGAAGUGUCUUCAUGCCAUAAAGGAACUAAUCAAGCCUUUAAUCUCUUGGAUUGUUGGGGAUGGUCAAUUUAUUUACCCAUAUUGUGAUAAAUGGAUACCUUCUUCGGGUUCUGCUACACCCAACCCUUUAGUUCUUCCUGAUCCUAGUAUUAAAGUGUCUUAUUUUAUUGAUCCUCAAUCUAGAAGUUGGGAUGUGUCUAGUACUAACACCCACUUUGAUAAUGCUUCUGUUCAGAAGGUUAUCUCUAUUCCCUUAAGCCAGCUUUGCACUCCUGAUAGGAGGGCUUGGGAUAUUUCAAAGAAUGACAAGUUUUCUUAUAAAUAUGCCUACUUGGGUCUCAGAGGUCUUAGGCCUUCCUCUUGUAAAAACCUUUGGAAGCGUAUUUGGAAAGUUAGAGUUCCUUACAGAAUUCAUUUUUUUUUAUGGAGGGCAGCCAGAAAUUCUUUGCCCUCCAGAUUUAUCUUUCACACUAGAAUUCCUAUGCAUAGUGUGGAUUGUCCUAGGUGUUCUGAUCCUCAGGAAACCAUUAUGCAUGCUCUGAUCACUUGUCCCUUUGCUAGCAGAGUCUGGUUCAUCUCUGAUUUCAACAUAAGCACUCAAUUUUUUCAAAAUAAGUCUUUUAUUGAUUGGCUUCUUUUCUGGUUAAUUGAUCCUCAAUCUAAACUCCCUGAGGAUGAUCAAUAUCUUUUAGUGGCUAUUUUAUGGUCUCUUUGGACUAGUAGAAACAAUUUCAUUUUCCAAAACAUUAAGAAAAACCAUACUACUGUCCUUGCUAUAGCCAGAGCUAUGCUCCUCACUAGGAAGACUAGCUUGCCUGUCUCUACUACUAUCUCUGUCAGUAUUUGUGAUAAAUGGAUGCCUCCCUCGAUUGGUUGGAUUAAAUGCAAUACUGAUGGUGCUUUUGAUAUUAUCUCUGGAGCAAAUGGUGCAGGGUAUGUGAUGCGAGGUUUCUCAAAAAAAGCAACCUUUUGUGCGUCCUUAGGCUUUGAAGUUUUUUCUGCUGAAGAAGCUGAAGAAAGAACCAUCUGGGCAGUACUGAAGAAAUCUGUGGAGAAACAAUUCACUCAUAUCAUCAUAGAGAGUGAUGCGAAAUCCUUUAUCGACCAAUUUUCAGCAGGAAAUUUUGAAGGGAACUCACGUGGAUGCUAUCUUUAA